AUGGCUGAGAAGUUAACCAACAUGACCAACAUAACAGAGUUUUUGCUCAUGGGAUUCCCUGACGACCAGGUGCUACAGAGAACGUACACCACACUCUUCUUCCUGAUUUAUCUGGCGGCACUAGUAGGAAACCUCCUCAUUAUCACACUCACCACUAUUGACCUGCAUCUCCAACUCCCCUUGUACUUCUUCCUGAAGAAUUUGUCCUUGAUCGACAUCUGCUAUAUCUCUGUCACCGUCCCUAAAUCCCUCGUGAACUCUCUGACAAACAGCCAUUCCAUCUCUUUCUUUGGAUGCGCCUUGCAGGUUUUCUUUGUUAUUUUUUGGGGGGGUACAGAGUACGCCCUCCUUCUAGUGAUGUCCUAUGACCGCUAUGCUGCCAUCUGCCAUCCUCUGCACUAUGAGGCCAUUGUAAAUAGAGGUUCCUGUGUGCGGAUGGUAAGUGCAUCGUGGUUCAGUGGGUGUGUCUACGGAUCCAUUCAUGUGGCAGGUACAUUCUCUGUCCGUUUCUGUGGGCCCAACAUCGUGCGUCAGUUCUUCUGUGAUGUUCCGUCACUGCUCACACUUGCUUGUUCCAGACAGCAAGUUCUAGAAUAUGCAUUUAUCAUUGCUAGUUGUUGUUUUGCUUUCACAUGUUUUACUUUAAUGGUUGUGUCUUACGUUCAUAUUUUUACUACUGUCCUAAGAAUUCCAUCUGCAAAGGGCAGAGUGAAAACUUUCUCAACUUGCAUGCCUCAUCUCACUGUGGUGACACUGUUCCUUUUUUCUGGAAUUAUUACGUAUUUAGCUAAAAAUUUUAAAUCUUCUUCUUCACUGAAAGUGUUGAUAUCUGUGCUUUACACUGUAUUACCACCCACUUUGAAUCCUCUCAUCUAUAGUCUGAGAAACCAGGACAUACAGGUGGCCUUGAGGAAGGUG